AUGCUUGUUAACUCUCGUGUUUUACCAUCACUUCAUUAAUUAGCACUUUCUGAAUUGUUUGUGACGUGUCCCAGCAAACUAAUGAGACACCAUUUAUUAUUGAUAAUAAUUCAUCCUCAGAUUUAUUAUUCAUCAUCAUUAAAACCCGUCGGGAGGAACCAAGGCCAGAGUUUGACGACCUCAAACUUCAUUAAGUGUCUCAAGGUAAAUAUGAAGACAGCUUUCCUCUUUGACAGUGCUCCUCUCCCGGGUGUGGGUUUAUGACGGGUCAGGUCCAUCACGGAUGUUGAUGACAAUGAUGACGAAGGCGAUGAUGAGGGUGGUGACGAACAAAAAUGUGUGUGUGUGUGUGUGUGUGUGUGUGUGUGUGCAUGUUUAUGUAAGUGUCAAAGUUUGUAUUUUUGUGCAUGGACUGAUUUACGAGUACACAUUGCGGAGGGUGUGUGUGGCAUACAGUGUAUAAGAUUCUCCAGUUAUUUCCUUACACCCCCACCCCUCUCCGUUGGGUGUAAAUGAAAAUGCAAGGCUAUAUUUGGAUAGAGCUGAUGUCACAAGUGGUUUGAGCAGGGAGCCUAUAACUGGUGGAGUCGGUUUGUGUGACAGUCGGACAAACCCUGCACUGCUGCACUUACAGACCGGGAUCUGCUGCCAACAAAACAGAAAGUAAGUAGGCUUUCACUUCAGGGCUUUAGUGUCUUUAUCACAGGAUAGCAUCUAUGACUAUGUGUUACAUUUACACUGAAAGGGAGCAAUAGAUGGAUAUUGGUUUUAGUUUGAAUGAUAAUAGUUGUCUUGUAUCUUUCUGAUUUUGUAUUCCGGCAAUCUUAACGACUCAACUUUGUUGUUUAAAUAAAUGUUACUUUUGUAUUUUCUAAAUUCAUGAUCAUACACUAUCGAUGCAUUACAGGGAUCAAGGGCACAAAAUGGUGCAGAAGUGAUAUGGGUUAUUUCUAGGUAAUUUCUUUUGUAUUUUAACAUGUUGUUAUUAUUUCAUUUUAUAGUAUGUAGGAAGCACACAUGUAUUAAACAUGAAAAUGUUAAUAAGAACUAUGAUUUAUUGCAAUAAAUGAUUAGUCAAGCACAAUGGUGUCUACUCCAUAGUCAAGUGUCCUUUGUCCUGUUAAGUAAAUAGAUCAGUAAAUAAAUGUCAGACUUCAGUGAGUAGACACCACCUUGGUGUCUGAGAAUUAUUUUCACCAUCCUCUGACAUUUCAUUGACAAGAAUCUUAAUUGAAAAUAAAUAGCCUAUUAAUUGAAGCUGAACUAGUUAAUGCCUGGUAGGGGUGUGGGGAUUACUGAUUACUGAAAUUAGAAACAAAUAUUGUAUAUUUAACACUUUUUUUUCAGAUUGAUGACUUGAAAUUCAUAAUUUUCUCAAAAAUGAAACUCUUACGAUUUCACUACUUCUAUUGUGCUGUUGUUUUGGUCAGAUCUUUCUAUUUAGUGUCGGAAACUAAAUACUUAUUUUUAUUCUAUCUACUGUGUUGAUUCAGGUUAAAACCAUUCACUAUGUAUCACCUGAGGGUGCCUGUGCUCGUCCUCAUGCUGCUUGUGUUGCUGCGCUGUGUCACCACUGCCCCAAGCCACAGGUAUUUCAGUCACAGCUCAUCCGACGAGCAGGAAAGUGCUUUCCCAUACGAUGAAGGCUGGUUAGCAGCGGGGCUAAUGUCUAACCCAUUCCUCGACCUCAUGGGUGUGAGGCCACGAAGGGGGCUCACAGCUAUGAACAGCCACCGCAUGGAAAAGAGGAAGUGCAACACAGCCACCUGCGUGACCCAGAGGCUAGCAGACUUCUUGGUGCGCUCCAGUAACACCAUCGGUACCGUCUACGCCCCGACCAACGUGGGAUCUGCCACCUACGGCAAGAGGGACCUACUGCAGCCGCCCAGCUAUCUGCCUCUCUAGUAACAAAUGUUGACUCCACACGCUAGCACUCCCAGUGCUCUGAUGCUAUAACCAGUCAUCUUAUGUAACAACGGUUGUGAGAAUGGUGUUAAGAUGGAAAAUGAUGGUGAUGAUUAUGACCAUGCUCUUGUUUGUUAUGACCAUGUUCUUGUUUAUUUUAUACUUUAACAAACAGUGCCUUUAAUUUGAAAGAUCAAAGUUAAUUUAUGUUUUUUUUUCUGGAUUUCUUUUUGCGUUGUGGCUCUGUUAUUUAUGUGUUAUCCCACUAUGGAAUGAUGUGAAUAUAAAAGUAAUUAAUAAAACAAUAAAUAAAAUGAAACAGAUGUAUAGCCAUGCUUAAUAAAUGUAUUAAUCUGUUGUUUUGAUAAUAAAAUUUGAAAAAAGUACAUUUUUAAAACUCUUCAUGUGUUUCAAGCCACAUUAUUGAUUAUCAUUACAGCUCCACGCAGGGGCUGUGAGCUAUGAACAUCUAUUUGAUAGGUUCCAUCAGAAUAAUCCUGAAGGGAAAUGUUCAUUAAAACGAUGUAAAAUCCUUUCCUUUUCAAUCAGCUCCAGAAUAACUUUUCCUUGGAGGUCACCAGCAACCAGCUGGGUUUAACUUGGUUAAAAGAUUCGCAACUGUGCUUUACUUACCCUACUAAGUCCA